ACGGAUUACAAAACUGCAAAUUCAAAAAGAUUAUUGUGCAUUUAAAACUUGGGUCGUCCAAUCAAUAGCGAAAAUCUCAAGAAGGUUUUAGUAGCUGUUUUUCCAAACCCUUGCUUUCGGAACAAUCAAAUACUACUCCAUGAUGAAAAUUAUUUCUUACUUUCUUGGGAUCGUUUAUUGCUUUAAAUUAAGUUUCGAUUCCAGUCUCAUUUCUGCAUAUACUUGCCUUUUACGAUAGCUUUAACCAUCCCCGGCGGCGUCGUCACCGGCCGUCAACUUUCUACGUCACAUCACCGUGUGUCCCGUUGACACGUACGCCCCAUUCUCAUAUUUAUCCCCCUUCACGUACAAAGAUGGGCGCUUUGCUAUCUCUCUGCUCUCACAAAAUUCCAUGUGUUCAUGUACAAGGAGAAGUAUAUUGGAAGAGACGUAGUGGUGAAGAAGAUUAAUUAAUCAAGAGGUCGUUGUCUAGCUAGAUCGGAUGGCUUCGUCCAACGGCGGUGUGCCUCCAGGAUUCCGCUUCCACCCGACGGACGAGGAGCUGCUCCAUUACUACUUGAAGAAGAAGGUUUCGUUUCAGAAGUUUGACAUGGAGGUCAUCAGGGAGGUUGACUUGAACAAGAUGGAGCCAUGGGAAUUGCAAGAGAGGUGUAAGAUUGGUUCAACGCCACAAAAUGAAUGGUACUUUUUCAGUCACAAGGACAGGAAGUAUCCAACAGGGUCGAGGACGAACAGGGCAACUAAUGCAGGGUUUUGGAAGGCAACCGGCAGAGACAAGUGCAUAAGGAAUAGCUACAAGAAGAUUGGUAUGAGGAAAACCCUUGUUUUCUAUAGAGGCAGAGCUCCCCAUGGCCAAAAGACCGAUUGGAUCAUGCAUGAGUACCGCCUUGAAGAUGGCGAUGAUCCUCUAGAAAGUGAAGAUGGCUGGGUGAUAUGCAGGGUGUUCAAGAAGAAGAAUCUGUUCAAGAUAACGAACGAUGCAGGCGGCUCUUCAAGCAUGAAUUCAUCCGACCAACAACUCAACAGCACCACCAUCCAACCCCGCACCUUCAUGCACAGAGACACCCAAUACCACAACCUCCUCCGCCACCAACAUAACUUCGAACUAAACAAGCCCACCGACUUAGCCCUCCACCCCUACCCCCACAUCCCUCAAUACUCCCUUUUCCAAGGCCAAGCCCUAGUUCCCUCUGGCCACAAGCCCCUUAGCUACGACUACUCGGCCAUGCCGUCUGAGCCUCCUUUGAUGGUCAAACAGCUCAUGACAAAUCCUAGAGAGUGUGAGAGUGGGAGUGAGAAUAUUGGGUACCAAGCAUGCGAGCCGGGGUUGGAGGUUAGCACCUGUGAAGCAAAUCAACAAAUGGUUGGUGGGCGGUCCGAUGAGGGUAUGAAUGAAUGGGCUAUGCUUGAUAGGCUUGUUACGACUCAAAUUGGAAAUGAGGAGUCUUCAAAAGGGGUGAGGUUUGAUCAGGAUGCUAAUGCUUCAUCAUCUGUGCACCCAAUGAGCCAGCUUUCGUUGAGAGGGGAGAUGGAUUUUUGGGGCUAUGGGAAAUAGUUUUUUUUUUUUUUUUAAUGUAUUUUUGUUAAUUUGGAAAUCAAGUUUGUGGGUAAUUUAGAACCAUAUAUAUAUGGCUCUGACCUUGUUUAUGAACAAAAUGGGAAGGGGGGGAAUUAUAUUCUGAAUAUAUAUGAUUGUUUUUAUGGAGUUUGGUUGAUUCUAUUAGCUUGUUAAGUACAUUUGUAUUUGUAUUAAUGGAUUUUGUACAUGUAAUAUUAUUUAAAUAUACGUUAUAUAUUCCUUCUUAUGUGUACAAAAGGUGUAAUUUCCUUCUUAUGGAUUUUUUGCAGUUGUUUGAAUUUAAGGCUUGAUUUAGUAGGAAUUGUUUCAUUGUUUUAUCUUGCUGCGACUGCUCACCAUGCCAAUAAUUAUUGAACUACAGU